AUGCAGGACGCAGAAGAACGCGCAGGAGCUGGACGAGGAAGAGAUGAGAAUAAGCGACCUGUACAGCAAGACGUGCUGGCCGCCUACUACCCGCGUCUGCUCAGCCUGCGAACAUACCUGCUCGAGCUGCUGCCGGCGUCGUCGAGGUCGAGGAGACGCAAGGUCGCCCUCGUCGGCAAGACAGACGAUGGCCUGAAGCGAGUAUCUCUCGGCGGAGGAGGUGGUGAUGCGCGUUCAGUCGCGAAACUGGGCCGUCUGCUGGACUCGACCAUCGUGGGAAUAGUCAGGGAGGCCAGUCCGGCAGUCAACUGUGCGAGACAGCGGGAGCUCGCGGCCUUUACGCAGUCGCAGGUUCGGUCGUCGGCGUGGCGAGGGACAGACGUCGGUGCUACCAGUGAUAUCGCAGAGAUUGUCGACUUUGCUAUAUACAGCCUGUUCAACCCGGCAGACAGCUUGCCUGCCUUUCCAUCGCAUAUUCUAUGCCAUGGCUACCAGCGUGUGAGGGAGAACCUGGCUCCCAACCGUGAAUAUGGCGGCUGCAGCGGGAUACCAGGCCUCGUCCCCAGACUCCCCAACAGGAGCGUGUCUAUUCUCAAGAAGUCGCCGUGGACGGAUGUUCUCAGUCUGCUGGGCAAGAGCUGUGAAGAUAUCAUGCUACAUCUGUUACUGGACUGUGGGCUGUUCAUCCAUCUGCAGGGGCAGUCGUAUUACCAGCUAAGUGGAACCGCGUUGCUGAAGCUGGAUACACUGGAUAAAGCGCCGCAGAACACUGUAAAGACGCCAGCGGAGAUCGUCUUCGUGCGUCGACGCAUGUUCUACGCUCGCCCGGCACUCAAUGCGAAGGGUGAAGUCAAGCUGGGACUACGGCAUAUCCAUGUGCUGAAUAGAUACGCAGAGAUCAACAGGGCCAAUACAGUGCAUGUGAUGAAACAUAUAUUCCCGCGCCAGUUUGGCCUGCACAAUGUCUUUACCGCUACGGUCAACUGGGCAGAAACAGACAUGCCGUUCAAGGACUAUACCUUUCGAGAGAAGGAGAUAGACCUGAAGCCGGGUGAUAAGAUACCUAGACGAUUACGUGGGAAACUGGUUGAAUUGGUCCAGAAGCUGCAGAAGAGACACUCGCGUUGUUCAUAUGUCGAGCUACUUCGGCAUUAUUGUCCAAAGCGGACGGUGAUGGAUGCAAAUGAAGGCGUAAAGAAGGUGAAAGUGACAAUGACAGACUUUGCGACCCCGACGCAUGCGGUGUCGGCAUUCUGUCGCGCCGUUCUUCAAAAUCUGAUACCAUAUGAGAUGUACGGAAGCGGAGAAGAGGGCGUCCUCAAUCGAAACACGGUAAUGCGCAAUGUGGACAAGUUUGUGUCCCUGCGGAGAUUCGAGACGCUAUCACUCCACGAGGUCGUUCAGGGGUUAAAGAUCGGAUGCAUAUCCUGGUUAUCGCCAGAUGGAAGCAUGGGGACGAAACUAGCACUCUCCGAUAUCCGCAAGAGGACGGAAAUCUUCCUCGAAUUGAUAUAUUACACCUUCGACUCGCUAGUUAUACCCCUUAUCCGGUCGAACUUUUACCUCACCGAAUCCAACGCGUUUAAGAACCGGCUCUUUUACUUUCGUCACGAUGUAUGGAAACGUCUCUCCGAGCCGGUCAUGGCCGACCUCAAACGUUCCGUCUUUCAAGAUAUCAAAAGGGACGCGGCUGAGCGAAUACUCAACGGCGAAUCGCUUGGAUAUAGCCAUAUCAGACUCCUGCCCAAAUCCAAGGGCGCCAGACCAAUCGCGAACCUCAGGAGACGGCCAAUGCUGAAAAGGUCAAGGACAGGCGUCCCCAUGCUUGGGUCCAGCAUCAACUCCCAACUUGCGCCGCUGUUCAAUGUGCUCUGUUACGAGCUCGCGCAGAACCCGGACUACGUAGGAUCGAGCUUACCAUUUAUCGCAGGCAUGUACCCCCGGCUGAAGAAAUUCAAGGAGGAAAUUACAACACGAGAAGGCGGAACGGCGGCCGGGCCGCUUUAUUUUGUCAAAUUGGAUGUUCAGGCCUGUUUUGACACCAUACCGCAGACAAGGCUGAUGGAGCUUGUUGACGACCUUGUGAGUGACGAUGUAUACCGUGUUUCAAAGCACGUGGAGUUUCAUCCUCAUCCUAGCCUUAAGGGCGGGCCGUGUCGGGAAUUAACGAAACCAAAAGACAAAGGUGGCAGUGAGCUAGACCAUGGCAACAAACCUAGACGGAAGUUCGUGGCAAGAGCGGCUGCAUUUGAUGAUUUUCAGCCCGUCUAUGAUGCUGUUUCGACGCCUGGUCAGUGCCAUCGUGGCGGUGCAGUGUAUAUGGACAUGGGAGUGCAUAGAACAUACACGAGGGAUCAACUGCUAGCUCUACUAGAGAAGCAUGUGCGGAAUAACCUGGUCAAGAUCGGGAAACGGUAUUACCGGCAGAAGAAAGGCAUUCCGCAGGGCUCCGUCGUUUCCAGCCUGCUAUGUAGCUUCUUCUACGGGGAACAUGAACGGGAGCGUCUGGGAUUUUUACGUGAUGCCAACACUCCAACGCUGCUCAUGAGGUAUAUCGACGACUACCUGCUGAUCACUACAGGGAAACCGCUAGCCGAGCGGUUCCUGCAGGUGAUGCUUGAGGGGGAUGAGGAGUUCGGUAUAUCCGUUGCGCCGGAGAAGACCCUCAUCAACUUUGAGGCAGAGGUUAACGGCAAACAUAUCCCCCGCCUGGACUCCAAUCAGUUCCCAUACUGUGGCAGUUUGAUCGAUGCGCGAUCGCUGGCCAUCAGCAAGGAUCGCAGCCACGUGAAGAGCCACCGAUCGUCGACGAAGAUGAAGAUGAUGGACAUCCGCGACUCGCUGACGGUGGACUCGACCAAGUCGCCGGGCCAGACGUUCACCCGCAAGGCCCUGGCGGGGUUUCGAAUGCAGACUCACGCCAUGUUUCUAGAUACGAAACAUAGCGCCGCAAGCGUUGUGCUGGUCAACCUGUACCGUAACUUUAUGGAAUGUGCCCUGAAGACCUGUGCGUACUGGUGUCUGAUGAAACAGCGGCAGCGAACGUCAUCGCCUCGACUGCUGUGUUUUACAAUCACCUCGCUGCUGGAGUAUGCAGCGCGGUUCAUCCGCUCCUCUCGUUCGUUUGAGUGCACCGUCACACGCCGACAGGUUCGCUGGCUGGGUGCUAUGGCCUUCCGCGUCGUGCUUAGCCGAAAACAGGCGCGUUUUAGAGAGGUGCUAAGGUGGUUGGAGGGUAUCGUCCGAGACUCGAAGCCGUCCACCGACCAGGAGCUGUCGAGGCUGCGGAGGUCACGUGUUAUAGGUCAGCCACAUCGGGAAGUUCCUCCCAGGAACCAACUUCGAACCUUCGAACUUCCAUCUUCAACCUCCGACUUUUGGCUUCUUCCUUUGCUUUCAUCGUCUUCCUUUCGUCGUCUUCCUUUCUGUCUUCUCUCUCGUUCUGGUGCGUCGUCCUUGAGCGUGGCCGGUCAGUCGUUUCUGCAUGUCGAGGCGCGGUUCCCGGGUCGAACUCUCUCGUACUCCUCCCUCUCUUGCCUCAACUCCACUGGGAUUCUGGGAAAGUUAGAUCUAGCCAACUUCUUCCCCCCCCCUGCUGCCAGAUCGUCGUAUUUCCGGCGUUCAGCUCAGGUUCACGCUCACUUUCACAGCCUGGGGCAUCUCCUUUUAUCCGGCCACCACCAAAACUCGACUUCGGGCACCGUCACUCGUUAUCAUCUCGCUCGCUGCCUCACCGGCGCUUCGACAUAUACUAGCUUAUCACAUCUCGAACACGGGCUCGAUACAUGUUGGGAUGAGAUGACUACUGUUUCCACCGCUGCACCGGACUCGCCCCCUGACCUCUCGGGGUCGAAAUCCUCAAAGUCCUCCUCUUUCCAGUCCUCCUCCCACCAGUCCAAUUCCGAUGGCGUGUUCGCCGAUAUAUCCAACUUCGAGGAUAUAGCGCUCGAGGACGAGCUGGUCGCGCAGUUCGGCAGUAAUGCGUUAGACCAUCGCCAUUUCGACCAGGGGCCGUAUCCUCUGCGGUCAACGGGCGUGCCAGGCAAGAAACAGAGCCUUAGGCACAAGCAGCAGCAUCAGCAGCAGAAGAGUAAUAAUAACCCGGACCUGGGUCGAACGAAGAGCAAUACGGCAGUCAUGACGAUGCGAGACUUGACUGGACCGGUAAACAGGCAGAACAGUGCCCGCGGCAGUCUUAACACCUCGAGCACGUACGCCCGUAAUGCAUUCGCGCACUCCACUCCACACGUCAAUGGCACGACACAGGCCAUGCAGUCGCUUAGUAUACAACCUCCAUCAGCUAGACGAGCGCUGAGCAGCACGUCAGAUCCGUCGUUACUCCUACACCCAUCUCGAAACAGACCUAGAACCCGAUCACCUUCACCUAGCGAGAGUCAGGCAUCCAGCAGUCGAAGUCAGGCAUCCAGCUCCAGUCGGUCACGCAGUCGUCCUCCAGCUCCUGAAGCAACAUCGUUUCCCAGGUCGUCAUCCUGGCAGCCAAGCCGCAAGUCAGUAAAGGAGCUGGAAGACGAAUAUCACGACUCUGACGAAGAUCUGCCGGAAGAUGCUACACUGUGGAAUGUUCCGAUCUCUCCGCGCCCGCAGGACGAGCGUCCGAGAGGUCGAGACAGUCGUUCACAGAGCCGCAGUCCCGGUCCUCGACCUAUCCCGUUACACGGCUCCGUGGCGUCCCCGCCGCAGGGGCUGUCACCUCAGUCGACAUCCCCUCCAACAACAGCUAGUACAGCCUCCAGAUAUAAACCAAAACACAGACGUGGGCGAUCACGGUCCAUGGGGCCCAGCCAGCGAGCUUCCCAGAGUGCCAUCAGCCCAGCUCCGUCAAUUGAUCGCCGUGGGCCCAAAGCCAAUACGUGGAAUGUAGUCAUGUCAGAACUCUCCGAGGAAGCAAGAAUCAUCACUGAAGCUCUGGAAUAUCACGCCGACGAAGCUGCGCGAGACCACGAGGCGAGAGUCCAGGCUGGCCUGAAACCUAAGCCUUCGGCAAACAGCAAACGAGCGUCCGGCGGGAUGAUCGAGCUUCCACCAUUGCAGCGACCUAAUAUUAUGAUUGAUCCCCUACCUAUCAGUAAAGAGAAGGAAAAGGUAUUAUCACGAACAAGACCCAGCUGGCUUCCGCCCAAGGAUCAAAAGGAGGAAAAACGACAUCUCAAGGAAUACAAGCGCAUGAUGGCCUUGUCCAGGGAGGCUGAUAAACGCCGAGCGGCCGAAGAAGCAUCCGUGCAAUGCAAGAAAGACGACACGAGAAAGAUGCUUCAACGCAUCUGGGAUGACUACGUGUUCCCUGACUGGGACAGGGUGAUUGCCGAGCCUCGAACUCGCGAGCUAUGGUGGCGCGGUAUCACGCCUCGGUCUCGCGGGGCCGUGUGGCAGCGUGCCAUCGGCAACGAGCUGGCUCUGACCAGUGACUCGUUCACCAAGGCACUGGAGCGAGCGGAGCAGCUUCGAGGCAAGUCGGGAGACGGGUUCAAAUGGGCCCACGAGCGGUUUGGGGCGAUACGCAGGGACGCAGCGAGUGCGUUCCCUGCUCUCAACGUGUUUGCUGAAGGUGCACCGUUGCAUGAGAGUCUGGUGCAGGUGUUGGAUGCAUAUGCCAUGUAUCGCAGCGACGUGGGAUAUAUCCACGGCAUACACACCAUCGCCGCCAUCCUGUUACUGCAACUGCACACCCCGUCCUCGGCGUUCCUCACUCUCGCCAACGCCCUCAACCGACCCCUGGCACUGGCCUUCCUAACCUCUGACCCCGGCGCCACCGCCCGCGCCUACAGCCUGGCCUCUGCAACCCUGCGUCUCAAAUUCCCACGUCUCUCCACCCACCUGUGCGAGAACCUCUGUCUGUCCGACGCCCAGAUCUGGGAACCCAUGUUCCGCUCCCUCUUCACCAACGGCCUGGACGUCGACCACGUAUCCCGCAUCUGGGACUGCUGGGUAUUCGAAGGAGACCGCAUUCUGUUCCGAGCGGGCGUUGCCGUGCUGGGCUGUCUGGAGACACAGCUUCUCGGCCUUGUUCCCGGAGAGGAAGGACAGAGGGGAGCCGUCGACGUCCUUGGCUGGGGAGGGAAGCAGAUUGCCAGACGGGGCCGGAGUCGGUCGUCGAUGGACUCUGUGGCGAGCGAGGGCAGUCCGGAGUCAAAGCUGUACUGGUCGUUGGGCACGCAGGGGACGGAUGCGUUUAUGCAUUUGGUUAGGGAAGCUGGGAGGUAA